AUGAUCACGGGAAGUUCAGCAAGGACGUUGAGUUCAAGCUUUAGAUUAGGCGAAUCAACAAUCCGAUCAAUUAUACAAGAAGUAUGUAACGCAAUCAUAAACAAAUUAAUGGGAAUUUUCAUUCCAACGCCAAUUGAAGAGCGGUGGAAAAGUAUAGCUCAAGGAUUUCAAGACAGAUGGAAUUUUCCAAAUUGCAUCGGCGCUAUAGAUGGGAAGCAUGUCAACAUCAUAGCACCUGCUAAUAGUGGUUCGCUGUAUUUUAAUUAUAAAAAGCACUUUUCUGUUGUCCUAUUGGCUGUGGUUGAUGAUAAAUAUAGAUUUAUAAUAGUUGAUAUAGGUGCUUUUGGUAGAAAUAGUGACGGUGAAAUAUUUGCAUCUUCGAAAUUAGCGAGACGUCUUGAAAGUAAUUCAUUACAUAUUCCAAACGAUCAACCACUACCUGGAAGUAACAGAGAUAUACCACAUGUUUUCAUAGGAGAUGAGGCGUUUCCUCUAAUGAAAAAUUUAAUGAGGCCAUACCCUCGUUGUCGUGGCUUAUCUGAGGCACAAACUAUAUUCAAUGAACGUUUAUCACGAGCACGCAAAGUUGUGGAAGAUGCAUUUGGAAUAUUGUACCACAAAUUUGGCAUUUAUAAUAAAAGUAUUAAUGUGAACCCGAUUCACGUUGACACAUUGAUACUAGCGACAUGUAUUUUACAUAAUAUUAUGCGAAGUUAUGAAAUAGAGUAUCUAAAUCAACAUGAGAUACAGCAACCAAUACAUCAAAACGAGAAUGGUUUCCUGCAACCAAUACCAGAAAACGGAAUGAACAGUGCCGAAAAUGCUUUUAAUAUUCGAGACUUGUUUUCAUCUUACUUUCAAUCUCCUGAAGGUCAAGUUUCAUGGCUGCAUCAAAAUAUUUAA